AGGGGGAGGGGCAGCAGCAGACCGCGGCGCGCUAGACAUGGCGUAUCCUGGGCACCCCGGCGCCGGAGGAGGCUACUACCAGGGCGGGUAUGGAGCUGCUCCAGGAGGACCAGUGUUCCAUGGACAGACUCAAGAUCCUUUGUAUGGUUAUUUUGCUGCAGUAGCUGGGCAGGAUGGACAAAUAGAUGCUGAUGAGCUGCAGAGAUGUCUGACCCAGUCGGGUAUAGCAGGAGGGUAUAAACUAUUUGGCUGUCUAGGAGAUAUCUGUCUGUUUCAGAUGUUGGCUUUCAACCUAGAGACGUGCAGGCUCAUGGUUUCUAUGCUGGAUAGGGAUAUGUCUGGUACAUUGGGAUUCAAUGAAUUUAAAGAGCUCUGGGCUGUGUUGAACGGGUGGAGACAACACUUCAUAAGUUUUGACAGUGACAGAAGUGGUACAGUGGAUCCUCAAGAGCUGCAGAAAGCCUUGACAACUAUGGGAUUUAGGUUGAGCCCACAGACAGUGACUGCAGUCGCAAAACGAUACAGCACCCAUGGGAAGAUUACAUUUGAUGAUUACAUUGCCUGCUGUGUAAAACUCAGAGCUCUCACUGACAGUUUUCGAAGAAGGGACACAGCCCAGCAGGGUGUUGUCAAUUUCCAGUAUGAUGAUUUCAUACAGUGUGUUAUGAGCAUCUAAUUGAAGAGGAAGGAAGAUGUGGAUGGGCAUGAUUAACAUUCCACUUUGUGUUUUGCUUUGCACCUAAAGUUAUCAUGGCUAUGUAACUAAAUAUUGGUAUUUGCAUAUUUUAUAAAGAUACUGCUUUUUGUGAUUUUUUUUUUUAGUUUUGAUAAAUACAGAUGAACAAAAAAGGGUGUUUUAAAAAUGAAAUAUCAACUCAUCCUUAAUCUUACGUUUUUGUAUUUUUUUUUAAUUUUGCAUAUACUUGUAAAUCACCUUUUAUGUAUAACUUAAAUGAUUAUGUAAAACUUAAGACUUUCUGUCGUGUGUUUACUUUCCCCUCUCAUGAGCUACUAAAAACAUUCAUCAG